AUGGAAGAGGAAAAAGCUGCAGCUUACUACGACGAGCUCACUCGUAAAGGAGAAGGAGCUGCUCGCUUCAAGCAAGGUCUCGGAUUUUCCUCCGCCGCCGUUCCGGAGAGAGGAUCAGCGAUCGCAUCGUCCUCUUCGUUUUUCAAUCAGUUCGUCAAAGCUUCCAACCCUAAAUCCACCGAGGAUAACGAAAAUGACUCCGAGAUCCGAUCAAUCAGAGAUAAGCUGAAGAAGAAGAAGAAGCCUGAAGAUCAGCAACAUCAUAGAGUUCCGGAGAGGAGUCACAGAGAAUCGAGCGACCGGCGUCGUUAUCGGAGUAGAGAGAGGGAUGAUAUUGAUAGAGAUAGAAGCCAUAGAAGGAGAAGCAGGAGUAGGAGUGCAGAGAGGUCGCGUAGUAGGUAUGGGGAUAGAGAGCGACGAAGGAGGAGGAGCCGGAGCAGGAGCAGGAGUUCGUCGCCGAGGAGGGAACGUAGGAGGAGCGAAGAUGAGAGAAGAGGAAGGAGGAGAGAAGAUGUUAAGGAGAAGAAGAUUGAUUACUCGCGGUUAAUCAAAGGCUAUGAUGAUAUGUCAGCUGCUGAGAGAGUGAAGGCCAAGAUGAAGUUCCAGCUUGAUGAAACUGCUGAGAAAGAUACCAGUAAGGGUGCAGGAUGGGAACGAUUUGAGUUCGACAAAGAUGCUCCAGUUGAUGAUGAGGAAGUAGAAGAAGGUACUGAUGACGAUGCUGCCAUAGUCAAGCGCAUGGGACAAAGCUUUAGGUUUUCCGCCAUUGAGGGGAAAAGGGAAGAGCAACUAAAAGCCGCCCACGAUGAGGCCAUGUUUGGAGCACCAAUAGGCCAAACUCGUAUCGGUAACACCGGCGAUGAUGUUACAGAGACAACAACUAGUGUAGAGGACGAUGAAGGAGAAAGCAACAGUGCCGCCACAAAUCUUCUUAGCGAAAAGGUGCUUGCAAAACAGCAAGGAUCUUGGCGUGAUCGAGCUCGCAAGUCAUGA